GUAUUUCGAGUUUCUGUGCACCAAUCGAACAACCCGUCUUUCCUUUAAUGGUCCUAUUCCAUAUCCCUGUCAAAUAAACGACAUCAAAUCGCGAACUGACGUGAUAACAAAUAACCACAAAUUGCUGUUGCCAACAGAAUUCGUAUUGUUUGGUUAUUUAAUAAAUGUAUGUACAUAAUUCGAAGCACCCAUCAACGGUGCAACUUAGAUGCGCCGUACCCCUCUUCCUUGCAUUUCAAUUUCCAAUAACAACAACGGGCGAUUGGAAGGAGCCAUCAAUCCCAGUCCUUGUAGAUCACUUAGUGGCUUCCGACAAGCCAGUUGGCAUAAAGCGGCUCAUUAUCCCAUAUUCGCCGACGGUUGGCUGUCUGCUAUCAAACUCCCGGAUCCUUGAAACAUGUGCUCCUCUCUUGGACUAGUCGUCGAAGGCAUUCCGCUGGGCAGUGGUCGCCAGUUUUCUCCCAGGUUGACCAUGAAAAGGGAAUACAACACCAAGUGCUUUCGACCGGAGCGCUAUUGUCACGAGGUGGCCAAUCACUAUAAGGAUUACAAGAUGCAGCAGAAUCACCGCCAGCAGCGUCUAGGAUAUGACUAUGGAUCCGGAUCGUUGGGCCAUCGGCGACGCAGGAGGAGGCGCGUGUUGGAUACAUCUGCCUCAUCAACGUCAGGAUAUGCGCAGCUCCGCGAUGUGUGGCCAACCAAUGUGCACUACUUUCCCAGAGCCGACGAUAACACGUAUGCGUCGCGAGGCCGACAGACAGUGUGCGACGGUGAGCCGCCUGACGAAACCUACAACGUCUCUGUGCGCCGCAUAAAGCGCGCGGAGAGCUGCGAGCAGCUGCGUCACCUGGUCCACCGAAUUCAAUGGAGGAGCAAUUGUAGAAGCAGUUAUGAGGCGCAGGUGGCCCCCGCGCCCGGAAGCCAAACCAGCAAAACUGGCCGUCUCAAUAAUAGGCUAAAUAUUAAUAAGUGCCCCGUGGAAAGCCUACAACAGCAACUGCCAUUGGACUUUUACGGCUACUUGAAACUGGCUAACAGCUAUUACGAGCGGGGGUUGCAGGCCAACGUCAAGUACCUGCAAUCGAUUGGACAGCUGGACCGUAAUGCAAUAACGCCGCCGUUGAGUUUGUUCUUGGACGCAAGGCAGCGAGCCCUGAGCCCAGUCCAAAGGUUGAGCGAUCGACUGCUUAAACUGCUCAAUAGUUUGCGACACAAGGCGGCCAAGGAGCCGGUAGGUUAUCCCGAUUUUUGGGUCAGCAUAAGGUCGUUCAAGCGAGAGGAGCCAACAAAGAGGAAGCUGUGGCUAGAGGAGGAGGGCUUUGACACGGAGGAGCAAGAAGGGGAACCGCCAGAGCAGCUGGAUAGCAUGUGUGAUUAUUAUGCUCUGGGCUGUACAACUACAGAAUCAGGUGGACCCACUGAAACGUUAGCCGCAGGAGUGACUAAUUCCGCAACCAGAGUCACACUCGCCACUUCAACGAACGAAGCUGCUCUUUUUGAUGCCACAUUCAUUUCCCCUGACCAACGACGUCUUUAUGAGAUCACCGACAAUCUGAGCCACCUGAGCAUUGAAGAUACCAGUAGACGCGGCCAUCAACUAACACCCACCCUUCCCGCCAUUACACUUGCCGACUGCACCGCUCAACAGGUGGCUCUGCAUAGUGCCAGUCUCGACAUUGGGGCGCUGCAGAUGCCCAACGAUCCCAGACCACCGAAUCUCAGAGUAAAAGCCACGUAGAAUCAGUAUA